AUGCCCCAGCGUGCUCAUAAAGCUCUCUCGUGCGUUCUCUCACGCACUCCCUCACGCACUCCCUCACGCACUCUCUCACGCACUCUCUCACGCACUCUCUCACGCACUCUCUCACGCGCUCUCUCACACUCUCUCACGCGCUCUCUCACCUGCUCUUUCAGGGCUCUCUCACGUGCUCUCACACGCUCUCACGCGCUCCCUCACGCGCUCUCUCACACUUUCUCUCACGCCCUCUCUCACGUGCGCUCUCACGGACGCUUGCACGCGUCUUUCACACGCACUCUCACGCGCUCUCACGCGCACUCCCACGCGCACUCCCACGCGCAAUCUCACGAGCACUCUCACGUGCUCCCUCACGCGCCCUCUCACGCGCUCUCUCACGCGCUCCCUCACGCGCACUCUCAGUCACUCUCUCACUCGCUCUCUCACGCGCUCUCUCACGCGCACUCUCAUGCGCAAUCUCACGCGCACUCCCACGCGCACUCUCACGCGCACUCUCACGCGCUCUCUCACGCGCACUCUCACGCGCUCCCUCACGCGCUCCCUCACGCGCACUUUCACGCACUCUCUCACGCGCACUCCCACGCGCACUCCCACGCGCAAUCUCACGAGCACUCUCACGCGCUCUUUCACGUGCUCUCUCACGCGCUCUCUCACGCGCAAUCUCACACGCACUCUCACGCGAACCCUCACGCGCACUCCCAUGCGCACUCUCACUCACUCUCACACGAGCACUCUAAAUCGCUCUCUCACGUGCACUCUCACGUGCUCUCUCACGCGCUCCCUCACGCGCACUCUCAGUCACUCUCUCACUCGCUCUCUCACGCGCUCCCUCACGCGCCCUCUCACGCGCUCUCUUACGCGCACUCCCACGCGCACUCUCACGCGCUCUCCCGCGCGCACUCUCACGCGCUCCCUCACGCGCUCUCUCACGCGCUCUCUCACGCGCACUCUCACGCGCUCUCUCACGCGCACUCCCACGCGCACUCCCACGCGCAAUCUCACGAGCACUCUCACGCGCUCUCUCACGCGCCCUCUCACGCGCUUUCUCACGCGCUCCCUCACGCGCACUCUCACGCGCGCAAUCUCACGCGCUCCCUCACGCGCUCUCUCACACUUUCUCUCACGCCCUCUCUCACCACUCUCACGCGCUCUCUCACGCGCCCUCUCACGCGCUCUCUCACGCGCUCCCUCACGCGCACUCUCAGUCACUCUCUCACUCGCUCUCUCACGCGCUCCCUCACGCGCACUCUCACGCGCAAUCUCACGCGCACUCCCACGCGCACUCUCACGCGCACUCUCACGCGCUCUCUCGCGCGCACUCUCACGCGCUCCCUCACGCGCUCCCUCACGCGCACUCUCACGCACUCUCUCACGCGCACUCCCAUGCGCAAUCUCACGAGCACUCUCACGCGCUCUUUCACGCGCAAUCUCACACGCACUCUCACGCGAACCCUCACGCACGCGCACUCCCAUGCGCACUCUCACUCGUUCUCACACGCGCACUCUAACUCGCUCUCUCACGUGCACUCUCACGUGCUCUCUCACGCGCUCCCUCACGCGCACUCUCAGUCACUCUCUCACUCGCUCUCUCACGCGCUCCCUCACGCGCCCUCUCACGCGCUCUCUCACGCGCACUCCCACGCGCACUCUCACGCACACUCUCACUCGCUCUCCCGCGCGCACUCUCACGCGCUCCCUCACGCGCUCUCUCACGCGCUCUCUCACGCGCACUCUCACGCGCUCUCUCACGCGCACUCUCACGCGCUCUCUCACGCGCACUCCCACGCGCACUCCCACGCGCAAUCUCACGAGCACUCUCACGCGCUCUCUCACGCGCCUUCUCACGCGUUCUCUCACGCGCUCCCUCACGCGCACUCUCACGCGCGCAAUCUCACGCGCACUCCCACGCGCACUCUCACACGCACUCUCACUCGCUCUCUCGCGCGCACUCUCACGCGCUCCCUCACGCGCACUAUCACGCGCACUCUCACGCACUCUCUCACGCGCACUCUCACGCGCUCUCACACGCGCUCUCUCACGCGCUCUCUCACGCGCUCGCACACGCGCUCUCACACGCGCUCUCUCACGCGGUCCCUCACGCGCUCUCUCACGCGCACUCUCACGCGCACUCUCACGCGCACUCUCAUGCGCACUCUCACGCGCACUCUCAUGCGCACUCUCGGCGCGCUCGCUCCCGUGCACACGCUCUCCCUCGUGCUCCGCCUCUCCCCGUGA